AUGACUCGUGGGUCCAUCACCUGCGACACUAGCCUCCCAAAAACACCGACGACGCCUUUAGCACCAUCUACGCCAACCUCGGCCAAACCCCUUAGAACCACACCGGCGUCGAAAUCUCCUCGUAACCCAUCGAACAAAUUCUGGGUCCAGGAACAGCAGCGUAGAAUAUUCUUGGAACACCUGAGACGAUGGUCUGUGAGCCACGACUCGAGCACUUUUUUCCAAGGCAAGAUAAGCUUACAGCCCCCUGAGCCUGGUGUAAAUGAGGAGAUAGCUCUGGGUAAAAGUGUGACUUGCAUCCUGACGGAUUCGAGUUUUACGGAUUGCAGGAAGAUUGUUGCUGUCAGGCUAUUUCAAUCGCAAAAGGACAGCAAGAAGAGCACGACAAGAGGUCCGGAACGAACGACGGAUAACAAGAGCACGGGUUUACCCAGCAGCGAUAUGAAGCUCUCUGAGCACCGAGAAGGUUGUUGUACCGGAGAAGAGGAUCCAUGGCCGUUAUCUCCGUCAAAGCCGAAUCCAUCGACCAGCUACUACAAACUCGUCUUCCGCUGCGGCUCUGGCUGGCUCUCAGCGCGCGACUACCUUAACAAGCUCUACUUCACGCAUCUCGCAGCUCGUUUACCAGGCCGGCAUACCCACUGCGUCACCGACACGGCUGACUUCAUCUUCGGCGUCCGCUCUCAAGCCCUUGGCCCACCACCCUCCACUAAAGACACCGUACCCAUCCAACCACUUUUCCACCCCUUCCAGCGCCUACCCACUGAGCUCCAAGAAAUGAUCCUUAUGACCGCCGCCGGCCUAACCCGCGACUGCGACCUAACCAACGACCCACGCAAGACUAACACAAAAACCACCGAGAGACCCGUCAGUCUAUCAACCAUGCUAUGUAUCUCACGCCAUAUCUAUACUACAAUGCAACCGUACAUAUUUCACAGCACAACCUUUCACUUCGGCUUGAGCGGCACUACAAACUUCCUCUGGCAAUCCGGACCGGUUCAUCGCUCUCAAAUCAGGCGGCUGGCUUUUCAUUUCGGGAAGAACGCUUUACUGCACUGUGUGCGCUGGUUAGCCGCAGAUCCCAUCUUUGAUCUCCUGGAACCCCCGCAGCCGAGUGGUGGAUCUGGAUUACCGCUCUUCUGGCGCUGUCAGUUGCGCGCUCUAGCACAGGAAGUGCAUUUACUGGAGCUUGUUGUUGAUAUUGAUGGGAUGCCGAAGGCUGAUAUCGCGAUGGUGGUUAGAAUACUAAGAGGGGUGUUUGGCAGCGUAGAAAGAGUGAAGUUUGUCGAGGGUAGUACACCCGGCAAGACGGUGGUUGUUGACAAGGGAGAUGAGAGGUUAGCUGGUCUUGGGAGAGGAUCGUGGAGGGAGAUGGUGAAGGGAUACAUUGAGAGGUAUCGACGCCAGAUUGGGUGGCAUAACUGGCAUUUUAAGAUGGAUUUGGUGCCGUUGAGGGAGGAAGAGGUUGACGAUUUGAUGGAUAAGGAGAUGGAGUUUUUUGAUAGUUGA